AUGACGGACCAUGCUGGAACAAGUCGGCAGCGCGAGUCUCUCUACUCGCAGCUGCGGUGGAGUUCGUCGCACGCGCCCCUGACACGCCGUCGUCGACUGGAGCUGCUGCGCUCGUAUCUGCCCGACUGGAUCAUCACCAUCCUGCUUGCGGGAUUACUCGCCAUCAUCAACAAUGUACACGGCUUCCGGCGCGAGUUCUCGCUCACGGACACCUCGAUCCAGCACACGUAUGCCGUGCAUGAACGCGUGCCUACCUGGCUGCUUGGUGUACUCGCCGUGCUAAUUCCUGCCCUCAUCAUCGUAGGCUUCUCGCUCGGCAUCAGCAGGUCCGUCUGGGACCUCCACAACGGCCUGCUUGGAUUCGUUCUCGCCAACGCACUCACGCUCACCAUCACCACCAUCGUCAAGGUCACCGUCGGCCGACCUCGCCCGGAUCUGAUCGAUCGAUGUCAGCCGCUGGCCGGUUCGCGCAAUGCCGAGCCAUACGGACUCGUCACCGACGCCAUCUGCAGCGUGGGCGUGGACAGCAAGACGCUGCGCGACGGCUUCCGAAGCUUCCCCUCGGGCCACGCGAGCACGAGCUUUGCCGGUUUCACCUAUCUGGCGCUGUACCUCGCAGGCAAGCUGCACUUAUUCGACCGUCGAGGCCAUGCGGUCACGGCAUGGCUGUGCGGCACCCCUCUCAUGGCCGCUACGCUCAUUGCGGUAAGCCGAACGAUGGACUAUAGACACCAUGCCACCGACGUGAUCGCCGGCUCGCUGCUCGGACUGGUCAUCGCGUACUGGUCGUACAAGCUCUACUACCCGCCGCUGAGCCAUGCGCAGAGCCACAAACCCUACUCGCCCCGCAUCCCCAACGAACACCUCGCUGCCGCCAACGAAGACGCAUACCCCGAGCACAACGACCAGCGCACCAGCUAUGCGCAGUUCAACAUUCAGAGCCCCCACGCUGACGGUGCGCAGCGCAGGGACGACGACGACGAAGAAUCCGCCGCCUUUGCAAAGACUAGAACCAACGGCAUCGACGCCUCGCUCGAGUAUCCCGACCGCGAAACCGUACCGCGCGUCUAG